AUGCCUACAGAACUGGAAGAACUUGUUGAGUUUAUCUCUCACGGCAAUACACAGAUACGGCAGCUUGCUGUCGAAAAUCUUGUGCCAUACUCGCUUUCACAGCCUACGGUAUUCAAAACGAAUCAGUUACUGCCAAUAAAGGACUUGAAAUUAUUAGUACGAGAUUACAAACAAAUAGCUCGAGAUGCGAUUACCAUUCUCCUAAAUCUCUCGACAGACCGCGAGGUUCUGAAUCACCUUGCGUCAGAUCAAGAAUUCAUGAAUACGCUUCUUGAUAGAGUGACAAACCCUUCAGAACCGAACGCAAACCUCAUUUCGAUGCUCUUGGCGAACCUAGCAAAAUAUGACGAUUUGAAAGAGAUAAUUUCUCUUGAGCGGCCUGCCCCAAAGGAAUUGUCUUCCAAUAAUCGAGCCAUUGACCAGCUUCUCGACCUCUUUGUGAAGGGCGCUGAUGGAACCUAUAACAAGGAAGCAGACUUCGACUAUUUAUCCUACCUGUUCGCAGAUCUUGCUAAGCAUAAGGAAGGACGGAAAUACUUUCUCACGAAACAGGAAUACGACGGUGUCGUACCGCUCACAAAACUCACAGUUUUCACGGAGCAUAAAUCGGACAUUCGGAGGAAAGGCGUCGCAUCUACGAUCAAGAAUGUAGCAUUUGAAGUGGAAGCACAUCCAUCAUUCCUGUCCGAAGACGAAAUCAACAUUCUCCCAUAUUUACUGUUACCAAUCACAGGGAAUGAGGAAUACGAGGAGGAUGAUAUGUUAAAUAUGCUUCCCGACUUACAAUUAUUGCCUCCGGACAAGACUCGAGACUCGAAUCCGACGAUCAUACAAACACAUGUGGAAACACUAAUGUUGUUGACAACCACGAGAGAAGGAAGAGAUAUCAUGCGGGAUAUCAAGGUGUAUCCCAUCAUCCGAGAAACGCAUUUGCAGGUUGAGGACGAUGAUGUGAGGGAGGCGUGUGAGAGAUUAGUACAGGUGCUUAUGAGGGAUGAAGAGGGUGAAGAGAAAGUCGAUGCUGGCAUGGCAGCUCUGGAUAGGAAGCCAAAGAGACGGCUGGAGCCCCCUAAGAAUAGUAGUGUUUUGGGUGGCUGGGCAAAUCAAGAAGGAGGGGAAGACGACGAUGAGGAUGAUGACGAUAAAAUAGUUGAAGUAUAA